CCUGAGAGACUGGCAUGGGGAACAGCAGGUAAGCAGCUGCGAGUAUCCACAGGGGCAGCCCGCGUGUUUAAAUUAGUCCUGGCAUAACUGCCGCGCGCGCAACAUGCAAGAACAGACAGAGGAUGUGCGUUCACGAUCACGUAAAGAUCACUGACGACAGUAUAACAGUGAUUCACGAGCGUCGUUAGUCGAUGGAUAAAUUUUUCGUGCGCGUAUUAUCGGUAGUGCAUUGAGAUUAGAUUGACUCGAAUAUAACGUGAGUUGAGAUAUAUAUAUAUAUUUUUUUUUAUAAUGCGAGAGAUCAUGCGAUCUUGUUUUUGGUGAAGACUGUGAGUUUAACAAAAUUUUUUCUACGAACAUUUUCGUUUGACUCUUCGAUUUCGGAUGUUGAUUUGAAGAGAAAAAACAAAGACGAGAAUGUUGCUAUUACGAACUGUCCUAUUGAUCUGCGUUCAUCGAAUCGUACUAUGCGAUCUUCUCGAUCUUUACGUCCAGCACAUGGACGAGACCAUGAAGACGUUGGCUUACAGAAGAAAUCAUCCGAGGAAUCUCAGGAGAUCGCGUGCCAGAAGAAACGCACCACCGGAACCCUUUUACUCUCUUUCUAAUUUCAAAAAACAAUUGUUGGAUAUUGAUGAGAAGACAGGGAGAGGUUACGACGCGAAAAAGAGCAAGAUGGUCUUUAUUGGAAAGGAUGAUGGUCUAGAUUUUCCUAACGAUCAGGAGAAUAGCGAUCCACGAGAAUAUUCUGUAGAGAUCGAUAACGACACGGCUCCUCGUAGGAAGACUAAGAAAGUCAUCAUUAAGGGGAAUGACGCUCUCGAUUUUCCGAAUGAUCAGGAAGAUAAUAAUUUUGAGGAUAAGUGGAUUCUCACGGAGGAAUUUGAUGCGCCUGGAUUCUUGCCCGAGACUGUAGACUCUAAAUCGUCUAAGGAAGUCAUUACUGAUACGAAUGGAACCGAUAUUCAGAAUUUUGUCAAGGACGUCGAAGAUCCUGUUACACUUGGAAAAACGAUAUUCAUAGAGAAGGAUGACGGUCUGGACUUUCCCAAUGACCGCGAAGAGAACCUAAAUCCUGAUCAACACGAGCCGGUGCCAACCGAAGCACAAAGUGACGAUGAGAAUUCUACGAUUAGUAUGAAUGUCUUAAUAGAGGAUUUGGAAGUGCCUACGGAAUUAGUAUCAGUAUGGGAAUCGUUGUCGAAGCCAAUCAUACCUAAAGAAGCUGCUGAUAUGACAUCCAAAACCGAACCUGAAUCGAUGAUAGAGAUCGACGAAACUGAAGAUGAGAACGAAGAUGAUAUAGAUUCGGCAUUUGAAAUGGUGGGCGAUCUGGCCUUGAAUGGUCCAGCGAUCAAGGUUCUUCCUAAGAUCGGAAAUCGAGUUCCUAAGAAAUAUGUGCCAACCUCGAAGGAAUUAAAAAUCGCGAAUAAACCUGCCAGGGAGAGACUGGUUCAUUCGAGACAUGCUCGAAGCGUUCCUGAACCAUCAUUCACACGAUAUGAGAAACUGGAUGAUGACGGUAUCGUCAUACUAGAAUGGGAUCCUAGUGACGAGGAUUUCGUCACCUUCCGAGUAACUGCUAAGACCCGAGGAUACGUGGGGAUCGGGUUCAACGAUCACAAUCAUAUGAUGGGUGCAGACAUCAUUCUGGCUUGGGUCGACGAUGAUUCCAAUGCCGUAAAUUUGCUGGACUCUCAUGGGAUCGAGGAGUCGAACGCGGCGCCGGUAACGGAUGCCUCGCAGGAUGUGGAAGUCCUCCAUAGUUCGCAAAACGGCACUCACACGAGCGUCACGUUCUCCAGGAGGUGGCAGACCUGCGACCCCCAAGAUCAUCAACUAACCGGGGACACGAUACGAGUAUUAUGGGCAAUACACGAAACCGAUCCGGAAUUAAAUACCGCGAUGUGGCACGGUGAGAAACGUGGGGGUCGUGCCCUUAGGCUUAAAGCUCCAGCCCCACAUCCUCAACCGAAAUUGGACAGUUCAGAUCUACGGCACUGGGAUGUCAAAUUGAAUCAGUUUGCGGUACCAAAUGACACCGAUACCACGUACUGGUGCAAGAUCUUCAGACCGCCGGGUCUCUUAAAGAAGCAUCACAUGAUUGGAUACACGCCGUUGGUGGAGAAGGCGAACGAGGCUCUGGUUCAUCACAUCAUCCUCUACGAGUGUGCUUCCACUGACUCGAUCCUGGCUAAACAUACCAAACUCAUCGGUGCAGACUGUUACAGUGGUACUAGACCCAAGGAGUGGUCGUCCUGCCUACAGCCUGUUCUGGCCUGGGCCCGGGGUAGUAAAGGAGAGUGGCUACCCGAACACGUGGGGAUACCUAUUUCUGAACAUGCUGAAGGGUCGUACUAUAUGCUGGAGGUGCAUUAUAAUAACCCUGGUUUCAAGAACGUCAACGACAGUAGUGGUGUCAGACUUCAUAUCACGCCUAAGUUGCGCAAGCAUGAUGCAGGUAUACUUGUUGCCGGUGUUGCUGUAAGUCCUCUUCUGGUUGUACCUCCUAGACAGAAGGAAUACGCAACAGCAGGUUAUUGUGCGUCACAGUGUACCGAUAAGAUGUUACCUGAGGAUGGUAUCAAUGUAGUCUCCGUGGUGCUGCACGCUCAUCUUGCUGGCAAACGACUUGGACUGAAACACAUACGUCAAGGGAAAGAAUUGCCAAGAAUUGUUCAAGAUAAUCACUUCGACUUCAAUUAUCAACAGUCGCAUACGCUAGAUGAGGAAGUCAAGAUUCUACCUGGUGACGAACUCGUUGCUGAAUGCGUUUACAGCACCCUGGAUAGACCUAAGAUUACUCUGGGGGGAUAUUCUGCUAAUCAGGAAAUGUGCUUGGCAUUCGUUGUACAUUAUCCUAGAACUUCGCUAGCUGGAUGUUAUAGCGUUACUCCUGUCGAGAAUCUUUUUCACACACUGGGGAUUGCUAGUUUCAAGGGUAUCUCUAUGACUGAUCUGGAAAGGCUUUUCUUGACUACUGGAACUGAUGCAAUUACUUUGCCAACGAUUCAACAACAGCAACAACCGGUUCUGCCUUAUCCACCAACAGAAGCCGAGAAAGUUGUCAUGGGAGAAACAGUAUCGGCUUUGAGAGCCAUGAAGGAAUAUAGCGAGGACGAAGAAAAUGCUAAUCUCUUCGCUAACCUCGUUAUUGAGAACCCUGAGGAAUUUCGUGGUAGAACAUUGGCUGAACAUAUGUUAGAUAUGCCCUGGAGAGAGGAAUUACUGGUCAAGUCGAUAGAGAGUAGUCUUUAUUACGGAGAACACAUGACCUAUUGUAGAAAAAGGGAUGACACAUUACCCUUACCUGGGGCUAUUCAGAUGUUCCCGAAUUUUACGGCCCUACCGGAAACGAACGACACUAAUAUUUGUAGUGAACUAAUGGCGAUUUCCGGUAGUGAAAACAUAUGGACCAACAGUCCACUUUUUAAAGUGCUUAUCAUCUUGACACUCUCAAUUUCACAAUGGCGUCUUCUCGUUCGAUUCUAGAGAAGAGUAAAACCAAAAGGAAAUUCACUUGUCCCGAAAACCUUUGUAUAUUUUCAAAUCUGUAAAUCGGCGCUAUUAAUUUAUACAAAUACUUUCUCGAUUGUAAUUAAAUAAUUAAUUCAAUCGACUAUUCGAACUGGGUUGUGGUCGAAUUAGCCUCCUACGACCAUGUAAUUUAAAUUGAACCAAGGCGACAAAAUUUGGAAAAUUUUGCGCGAAGGAGCGUGACCCGUGUACAUAUAUUUAUAAGCAGUAUUUUAAUGUAGCCUGACCGCAGAUGCUUUGUAAUGCGUGUUUUGUAUAAAAUAAAAUGGAAAUAAGAGUA